ACGAAUUAAGCUUAGAAUGUAGAUACAGCGACUCCUGACACCUUCCAGCAGUCACGCUCAUUUCACGCAAGUACGCGCAUUAACAUGUUUGUGGCAAGGCAGCCGAAGCAGACAGCGGCCAGCAGCAGGGUGUCCCAGGACAAGGUGCAGCUGAGGUCGAAGCCCGCACGCGAUAAAGUCUUUGAGCUGGAUACGUACCUGGACAGGAGAGACUUCGUUGGGGCAUUGACGCUACUGCGAGUCUUGAGGCGUGAGGACAGCGAGCAAGAUCGAGCCCGCAGGAAGAAGGGAGCUCCAGACGACAAUGAUCUGGGCUCGUGGCGCGUGAACACUUGGUGGGUCGCGUACUGCCAUUUCCACAGUGGGGACUUCGGCGAGGCGCUAUCUCACUUCGAGCAGCUAAUCGACGCUGCUUCGACUGGCGAUGCGAGUGCAACUGACCUCAAGAGUUGGCGGCUGAGUCGCGCGUGCUGCUUGUAUUACCUACAGAACUACGAGGACGCAGAGCACGCGGCGCUCAGCAGUUCACGGAGUGCUUUGUGCAAUCGGCUUCUGUUCCUCCUCGCGCAUCAGCGGCAACAUGGCGAGCAGGCGCUACUGGAUCGCUAUCAACAACUCUCGCGGGACUCAGUCGAGGAUCAGCUGGCGUUGGCGGCUACCAGCUUUGCCCAGCUCAAUUUCCAGGAGGCAGCGGAGAUUUACAAGAGACUGCUCUCCGAGUCAAGCAAGGGGAGUCAAGAAGGCGGCUCGGCUCUUCAUGUGUAUCUCGCACUGUGCUACUUCAAGCUGGGCUACGACGAUGUUGCUCCGGAGCUGCUGGCUGUGUACUUGAUCGGCCACCCAGACAGCUUCUUCGCCACCAACUUGAAGGCGAGCUGCAACUUUCGGCUAUACAGCACACGUGAGGCAAAGCCCAUUCUCGACGACUACGCCCGGCGAUAUCCCAACCACCCGUGCACUCAGGGAGCGCUCGAGUCGUCUCAUUCAUUGACGACAAGCUCAAAGCAUUCCGAAUCGGCCAUGACGGACGUUAUGCAGCACAACCUUGCCAUCUUCCGAGCAUCUGAUCGUGAAGCGAACGGGAUUGAGAAGCAAGGAGCAGCGGCUGAGCGGGUGCUGAGCCCUAUGGUGGGUCACCUCGAAGAAGCUCAAUUGAACCUGGUGCUUCUUCAUCUCAAGCGCCGCGAAUACCACAAGGCGUUUGCCUUGGUGGAGGAUCUUGAACCACGGACCACUCCGGAGCGUGCGAUAAAGGGUGUGCUGCACGCGGUUGUCGGUGAACAAACACACUCCAAGGAGCACAUUUUCCUCGCCGAGAAGUACUUCCAUGCUGCGGGGUCAUCGCCCGACGAUUGCGACACAAUUCCAGGCCGGCAGUGCAUGGCGUCGUACUUCAUGCUGCGCAAGGAGUUUAGUGAUGCAAACGUGUACCUCAGCUCAAUCUCCACGUACCUGAGUACCGACGACGCGUUCAACUGGAACUACGGUAUAGCGCUGGCAGCUACGGGCGCGUAUGGUGAAGCUGAGGAAGUGCUGCUUCGAGUGCAAAGCGCUGAAUUGCGUUCUCAACUGGUGUUUUGUGGCUGGCUGUCGCGUUGCUACAUCCACAGUGGCCGAGCUGCGCAGGCGUGGGAAGUUUAUCUCAAGAUGGAGAACUCCGUGGCUGCGUUCACUCUACUCAAGCAGAUCGCCAACGACUGCUACAAGGCUCAGCACUACUUUUACGCCGCUAAAGCUUUCGACGUACUGGAGAGACUCGAUCCAGACCCCGAAUACUGGGAAGGCAAGUGUGGAGCUUGCGUGGGGUUCUUCCGCCAGGUCGCAACUGGACAGGAGAGUGAAAGUGGUGCAGUUCUCGCCCAUCGGUGCAAUGAAGUGCUCAAGCUGCUCGGCAACUCGAAGAAUGUGCUGGAAGCGACCAAGCUUGUAGCUGUACUGCGGAAGUGGACGUCGUCGUUCCUAGUUGUCAACUAA